AUGGCGAGUGUGGCACGGGGAGAGAGCAGUAAUCCUUACGGCGGUGGAGGAGUAGGAACCAGAGGAAAGUUUCGGAAGCCUACAGCUCGUAGGCCUCAGAAAAGUCCGUAUGAUCGACCACUGACCUCUGUGAAGAACCCUAGACUAGGGAUCGGACAAGACAGAGGCUGGUUUUCGAAAUUGGUGGAUCCGGCUCAGAGGCUUAUUACGUAUAGUGCUCAUAAGCUCUUCACGUCUGUUUUCCGAAAACCUUUCGUCUCAGGUGAGACGCCUUUACAGUCAACGGAGCAGAAGCUUCCAGAAAGAGCAGAUGUAAUGCAAGAGACUAAGGUUGGAUAUAAGGAGAAUACUUCUGCUUUAUCCAUGAAGAAUGAUGUGAUUCGUGUACAAGAAGCUAAUGUAUCCGACAAUCUAAGCAAGGAUGGAUUUACAGAUCUUGAGAAAGUUUUGAUAGAGAAGACUUUUACAAGAUCUGAAAUUGACCGAUUAACUACCUUGCUACGUUCGAAAGCUUCUGAUUCAUCCACUGUAAAUGGUGAACAGAGAAAUGAAGCGAGUGUUGCAAGAUUUCCACCAUCACAUGAGAGGGAUAGGGCGCAUCCAUAUAAAGAAAUUAUGAAUUCCCUUGUUUCAACACCUCUUCGAAGUUCAAAGGCUUUCGAUGAGUGCAUUGCUUCUCCGGCACAGCUUGCAAAAGCCUACAUGAGUAGCAGAACUUCAGAAGUUACUCAUAUGUUGGCGUCACGUGGUCAAGCGUGUAGGGAAGAGUCUUUUUCCCUGAACAGAACCCCAUUUCCGUCAAAGUCACUGGCACCACAUCUUUCUGGAGAAAGACCACUGAAAAAUGGUUUAGUCACGCCAAGAUCUCGAGGAAGAUCUGCUGUUUAUAGCAUGGCUAUAACACCAUACUUUACGCCUCAGUCCACUGUUAAGAAUGGGUCUCUUUUCCAGGCAUCUCAAACCACAUGGAAAGAAAGCUUAGCUUCUGGUUCUAGAAAAGAGUUUCAAUCGGGUCUCAAACGGAGGAGCUCAGUCUUGGAUACUGAUAUAGGAUCUAUUGGCCCUGUUAGGAGAGUUCGCCAGAAAUCCAACCUCUCAUCUAGAAGCUUGGCUUUGCCCAUUUUCUGUUAA